AUGGACAUGGUCGGCUACCUCAACACGGCUCAAGAGUCGGUCCGCUCCCUCAAGGAGACCCGUCUUGCCGCCCUCCGCCCCGUCGGCGAGUUUUUCGACUACCAGCGCGUCUCGAAGCCUCGCGACACAAGCGAGUACAUGCGUCGCGCCGGCUACAACGUCCGCUACUUCUCGGCCAACUACGCCGUGAUUGUCGCGCUCCUCGCCGUCUACUCGCUCAUCACCAACCCCCUCCUCCUCAUCGCCCUCGGCUUCCUGAUCGGUGGCUUCCUCGGUAUCUCGCGCUUUGUGCCCGAGCCGAUUGAGUUUAAUGGCAAGGUCAUCACCCCGCAGAACCUGUACACCGGUCUCUUCAUUAUUGGUAUUCCCCUUCUCUGGAUCGCCGCACCUCUGUCGACUGUCUUCUGGCUCAUUGGCAGCUCUGGCUGCGUCAUUGGCGCGCACGCCGGUUUCCUUGAGCCUCCUGUCGAGUCCGAGUACGAGGGUAUUGAGACUGUGUAA